AUGCCGAGCCAACUCGAGGGUGCGAUGGAUGCACUGAUAACGGUUUUCUACAACUACUCUGGAAACGAUGGAGACAAACACAAGCUCAACAAGGGCGAGUUAAAGGAACUCCUCAACAGCGAGCUCACCGACUUCCUCACGUCUCAGAAGGAUCCAAUGCUGGUGGAGAAAAUCAUGAACGACCUGGACUCUAACAAAGACAACGAGGUGGAUUUCAAUGAGUUUGUCGUGUUGGUGGCUGCCCUCACUGUCGCCUGCAACGACUUCUUCCAAGAGCAGAAGAAGACAACCAAGUAGAUGUGUGUAGAAAACCAGCUGUGAACCCAACUGUGAAUCGUUUUAAAAUGUCAUCUCAUUAAAAACAACACUUAAA